AAAAUGAUAAAUGAAACAGUAUCAGGGUUCUUCGAGAAGACAUUUGAAGUCAAGGGAACAAGGGAUCUAUUUUUCGAUCACGUCAGACGAAGUUGCCGUGAAAAUAAAACAAUGAACCUAUUACUUUUAUUAGACGAACUUAUUUUAAACAUUAUUAAAAAAUAUGGACUUGUUAAUAUUUGCAAUAUGAUUGGAAGAGAGGAAUCGAUUAGAAUUUGCAAAUGGUUCUUCGAUCUCUCACCUGAUUUCUAUCCUUGGAUCGAAUAUGAAUGGACGAGCGAGCAAUUCACCUUUGAGUAUAAAGGAGAAACACACGUUCUCUGGGAUGGAUUCAC